AUGGCGGCCUCCGAGGACCUCAUCAAUUUUGAUAUCAUCGAGAAUCAGAAGGAAAACAUUCAGUCAUUACCAGGGGGACGCUCAGCCAAGGAGCUCGCUCGCAUCUUCUCCCCCAGAGACCCUAGUGACAAAUUCGCGUCUCCAUCACCAAACGAAACCAGGACCCUCAAUGAUGCCAUUCGGCAGGAGUACGAAGCAGAACUGCAGGCUAUUGAUGACUCAGACGACCCGCUAGAUGUAUAUGACCGCUACGUGAAAUGGACACUAAACGCAUACCCCUCCGCACAAGCGACUGCCGAGUCCGGUCUUCUUCCUCUACUUGAACGCGCCGUCAAGACAUUCCUCUCAUCACCCCACUACAAGAACGAUCCUCGCUAUUUGCGGCUAUGGCUUCACUACAUUAGGCUCUUUUCAGACUCUCCGCGCGAGACUUUUGCGUUUCUGGCGCGUCACCAUAUCGGUGAAGGGCUAGCGCUUUUUUAUGAAGAGUUCGCCGCUUGGCUCGAAGGCGCGGGACGCUGGACGCAAGCCGAGGAGGUGUAUAGACUGGGAGUCGACCGUGAAGCUCGACCAACUGAACGAUUGAUCCGCAAAUACAGCGAGUUCCAGAAGCGCUACGAGCAGCGCACACAGGACAAUGGACCAUCGUCACCCGCUUUACCAGCGGUGCGGCCCGCACUGGCUGCCAAGGUAGAUCCGUUUUCUCUGUCUGCAGCCCCGGCUGCCGAUCCGCAAGCUCAACGCCCCGCUCCUGCCGCUGCGGCUGCCCCGCGGACGAAGUCUGGGAAGCCCAAGAUGGCUAUCUUUUCGGACGUCGACUCGGCAGCAAGCCAGCCCGCUGUAUCAGGACAGACCAAGGGAUGGGAUAGCAUUGGGUCGAUACAAGAGAGACGCAAGGAGAACAGUGUGGAGGCGAAGCCGUGGGCCGGAGAGACCUUGAAGGCAGGAAAGAAGCCUGCUCCAAAGGAGAAGAUGACGAUCUUCAGGGAUGAGAUCCACCUGUCGCAGAAGCAAUGCAAGCAAAACAAGUUCCAGAUCAUCAUGAAUCCGGCCAAAGAGAUCAGUUUCGAAGAACUUCGGGCCAUGCAUCGCGGAUGGAUGAAUAAAGACUGGCGCUCACACAAAGCACCUCUCAAGCAGAUAUCCGGCAAUGUCGCUGGUUCAGAGUCACAGGUGGAGGAUGUGAUUGAGCAAAGUCUGGAUCAUGAGUUGCCAGAGCAAUUUAGUCAAAAAUUGAAAGUGAAAGAUCCAGGGACACAAAGGGCCGUUGAAGAUGGAUUGAAUGAGAGCAAAGCUGGCAAAGCACGGAAAAUGAAACUACGCGAAGUCAAAGGCGAGACACAAACAAUCAAAAUGAAGUUCGACUCUCCGACAGGAAGCAAGAUUCGGCGCAAGAGCACGGCUGAGCCGACAAUGACAAUCCAUACUCGCGCUGCUACUGAUGAGAUUUACAGCAUCUUCAAUCAGCCACUCAAGGCAGAGACCGAGAAUGUAGCAGAUAGUAGUGACUUCGAAGAUGACGACUACACGAGUGCUGGUGAGAGUGCUGGUGAGAGCACAUGCACUGGUCGCAUCUCGGUCAACUCCAGUGACUUUGGCGAUGACGAGACCACUACCUUCCACAGAUCUGAUGAUGAAGCCGAGGAGGAGGACUUUGAAGACCAGACACAGGCUGAAAGUGUUGUUGACGGUGAAUGGACUCAAUUCUCCACUAAAGAGGACCUGAUCCCAGCGCAUUCACUGGGAGUGGAUCCCAUCUCACCCCAUGAAAACACAAUGGGCGCUGAAGAGACGACCCAGAGAGAAAGGUUUGUGCCCGAGAUGCCAGAGGACUAUAAUCCACCUUAUGGUCCGUAUCGAGAUCCUGCAGUAGUCGCGCAAAAUCGUCUACCUUUUAUGACACCGAUCGUGGAGCAAACCGAGCACUCUUUUCCUUCGAUGACAGCAGCUCGAAACAAUCUGUACAACACCAAAACGCCAUCCAAACCGCAGAUGGGAAACCUCUUUACAACUCCGCUGAUCGGUGCAACACCACAGCAAACAGAGAAUCUCACUGGAUUCCCUGAAGAUGUUGCGAUGAGUCCUACGGCGAAGAAAGCACGAUCCAGCCUUAAGAUACUAUCACCCUUGAAGGAACAACACCAGCAUCGGGUCAUUAUCAAUGAUGCCCAGUGUAAUCCCACAGACAAGAGCAUUCGCAACACCAUUCUUCAGGCCGUGGAUCCGCCGCUUGCAUCCUACCCUGGCUACCAUGGUCACCCUGAAGUGGAAAGCCACUAUGCGCCUGCGAUCCAGAAGUUUGUCAAAACACAUGUCAAGCGUCCUCGAAGCGGUGACGAGGCAUCAUUCGAUGUUCCAAUUCUCGAACUACCCGGAGCGCAAAGAUGUUAUAUCAUCAGACGAGAGCUUGGAGCCGGAGCCUAUGCGCCAGUGUACCUUGCGGAGAGCGUCGAUAGCCUCGAGACCUGCCCGUCCUCCGAUUCGGAAACCGAACCCGCAGACGAUGACAGUCGAGGUUCCCAACUCACGAACGGAAGAAAAGCGAUAGCCCGCAGUAACUCUCGUUAUGGCUUCGAGGCGAUUAAACUGGAAGUCGGGCCUCCGAACGCAUGGGAAUUCUACAUGAUUCGGAUCGCUCACGAACGUACAAGUCAAUUACCAGAGCUAUCCCGUGCGACUGACAGUAUCAUCCGAGCCCACGAGCUCCACGUCUACAAAGGGGAAAGCAUUCUCGUGGAAGAUUACCGCGGGCAGGGAACACUCUUGGAUCUGGUCAACCUGAUCCGCAACGAGUCAAUCACAGCCAAUGGCACUGGAGAAGGUGGUCUGGACGAGGUUCUCGCCAUGUUCUUCACUGUGGAACUAUUCCGGACCGUCGAGGCCCUCCAUUCGUGCGGCAUCCUGCACGGCGACAUCAAAGCCGACAACUGUCUCAUCCGCUUCGACGAUAAGCCCACAGCACCCUCUCUCAUGGACGUGGAAGAAGAGAUCGCCGAGCCCCGCGAGAUCCACUACUCCCCCCGUGGUCUGUGCGGCUGGCGCAACAAAGGCCUGUCGCUCAUCGAUUUCGGUCGCGGUAUAGACAUGCGAGCUUUCCAGCCUUCUGUCCAGUUUAUCGCCGACUGGGAGACGGGCGAACACGAAUGCAAUGAGAUCCGCGAGCUGCGGCCCUGGACGCACCAGAUCGAUCUGUACGGCCUUGCGGGGACCGUGCACGUCAUGCUCUUCGGGAAAUACAUCGAGUCGACUCCGGUCCGGAAAAGCGAAGGCGGCUCGGCGUCCGUGCGGACCUACCGCAUCCGCGAGUCGCUGAAACGGUACUGGGACCGCGAGAUCUGGACCGACGUUUUCGACCUGUUACUCAACCCCUGCACCGAGCGCUGGGCGCGCAUGGAACUCGACGCCGCGGGCCCGGAUCUCGUCAACGCUGAGAACCAGCCGAUCCUCCCUGUCACUCAUUCCAUGCGCCAUGUGCGGGAGAAGAUGGAGGCUUGGCUGCUCGCUAACGCAGAGAAGAAAGGUCUUGGUCUGCAGAUCCGGAAGCUAGAGGCUGUCUUUGCGGAGAAGAAGAAGAGAUUGGAGCGGAGCUAA